AGACGCUCACCUGCGCCCCAGGUGAGCGGCGAGGGGGGCGGGGGAAGGGGCCGAGCCGGAGGCGGCUCACCUGGUGGAACAGGUGCCUGGCUACAGCAAACCAUGCAGUGAGCCAUGCCUCGACCGGGACACCCUCGCCCAUCAUCUGGGCCCCCACGCUUGGGACCCUGGGAGCGGCCAACAGAGCUAUGCUUGGAGACAUACGAUGAGCCAUCCAGGGCCCCACCAAGCCGCCGCACCCGCAGGCCAGACCCCAAAGACCCUGGCCACUAUGGGCCCGAGAGCCUUACCUUCAUCUCUAGCUCUACUGAGCCAGCUGCUGAACCCCCAACCUGCUGCCUGCUCUGGCAACCCUGGGUGUGGGACUGGUGCCGGGCUGCCUUCUGCUUCCGCCGCUGCCGGAAUUGCCUCCAGCGCUGUGGAGCCUGUGUGCGGGGCUGCAGCCCCUGCUUGUCUGCUGGGGACUCCCCUGAGGGGGCUGCUGAAGCCAAUUGGGCCAAGGAGCACAAUGGAGUGCCCCCCAGCCCUGACUGCGCCCCUCCCAGACAGCGGGAUGGCCAGCGGCUCAAGUCAAACAUGGGUAGCAGCUUCAGCUACCCUGAUGUCAAGCUCAAAGGCAUCCCUGUGUAUCCCUACCGCAGCGCCACCUCCCCAGCCCCCGAUGCGGACUCCUGCUGCAAGGAGCCACUGGCCGAACCCCCACCCAUGAGGCACAGCCUGCCCAGCACCCUUGCCAGCAGCCCCCGUGGCUCUGAGGAAUACUACUCCUUCCACGAGUCAGACCUGGACCUGCCUGAGAUAGGCAGUGGCUCCAUGUCCAGCCGAGAGAUCGAUGUGCUCAUCUUCAAGAAGCUCACAGAGCUGUUCAGCGUACAUCAGAUCGACGAGCUGGCCAAGUGCACCUCAGACACUGUGUUCCUGGAGAAGACCAGUAAGAUCUCGGACCUUAUCAGCAGCAUCACCCAGGACUACCACCUGGAUGAGCAAGAUGCUGAGGGCCGCCUGGUACGCGGCAUCAUUCGCAUCAGCACCCGAAAGAGCCGUACCCGCCCGCAAACCACAGAGGGGCGCUCAACCCGGGCCGCUGCCCCUGCCGCCGCUGCCCCUGACAGCGGCCAUGAGACCAUGGUGGGCUCAGGGCUCAGCCAGGAUGAACUCACAGUGCAGAUCUCCCAGGAGACGACCGCAGAUGCCAUCGCCAGGAAGCUGAGGCCUUAUGGAGCCCCAGGAUACCCUGCCAGCCACGACUCAUCUUUCCAGGGCACUGACACAGACUCUUCAGGAGCACCCCUGCUCCACGUGUACUGCUAACCCCACCGGGCCCAGUGGCCGCAACCCCUUCUGAGGAGAGGACAGUCUACAGCAAGAGGGGGGCCAGAACCCCCUUGUGGGAGGCAAGGCCAUGAGCCCAGAAGCAGUGCCUACUCUGGCUCCUCCCGCCUUGGCUGACUGGUUCCUGGACCACGUGCAUUUCACUGGGCCAUGGUGCCCACGUCCCCCUGGACCCCCUGCAUGGGCCUGUUCCUUCCUGCCCACCGUCUUCAGGAGGCCUGGGUCAUGGGAAGCAAAGACUAAGGAGUUAACUUCUGGGAUUGAAUUCCGACUCUAUCCCCAUAACAUGCUCCCCCUGUAACAUAUACCCCAUAACCAAUCAUACAAACUUCCCCCUCCCCAGGACAGGCUGGGGGUUGGGGGUGGUGUGUAACAGCUAAAAGAAGCUUGUCUUAAAUGGAUUGGGCAGGGUCUCUGUCUGGAAUUCUGUGGGCAGCGCCCACUCCACGUUAUGUUCUGUUGAGCAGUUAGGUUCUCGGCUGAAGUUCUACAUGCUAACAUGACCAUAGUACAAUAGACGUCUGUCUGCUCA